AUGGCCAACCCUGGAGAUUCAUCUCAUGAAAAAAGCGUUCCCGAAAAAGGUCGAGAUGCUAGCGAAAAUGAAUCACCAGGACGAGAAAGGAGGGAUAUCACUCCUACGCCUCAAGUUCCUGGUGAAGAAGAAGGUGCAAAGGAGGUUCCUGGUGAGAGGGAAAGAACCGUUGCUCCUGCAGCUGAAGGCCCUGUAGAGAAGAAAAGAGGGAGAAAGGAUGAUGCAGGUGCUUCUUGCAGCAGUGGUGUGGAGAAGAAGAGGAAGAAAGGAGAAUUGCUUGAAAUUCCAAACAGAUCUCCUUCUUGUUAUCUCUGUGGGAGGAAAUUUCAGUCCUGGAAGGCUGUGUUUGGACAUAUGCGUGCGCAUAAAAUCGGAGAGGAACGUGUAAGGGGUGCAUUUCCUCCGCCAGUCUUUACUCCUCCAGGUUCUCCUCAAAGGGUGGUAAGCGGUCUCCAAGAGCAACUGGCUCCAACUCUCCUGAACAUUGCGCAAGAGGUUUUGCAAGGACCUCGUGGACAGUCUUCUUCCGUCUCCAGAGGGCUAAACAUUGAUUUAAACCAGCAGCCGCCCCACCAUGAAAGUCCUUCGACUUCUACACCAUCUUCUCCUAAGAAAGAUGGUGGUAGAAAACUGGACCUAAACAAGCCGCCCGCUCCGGAGGGUGGCGAUGGUGAUGGUGAUGGUGGUGCUGGUUCUGCAUGA